AAACAAUUUCAGAAUAUAAAUCAAAAGUGGAGUUUUUUCAAUAGAAGUCGUCUUGAUCAUCGUCAUCAUCAUGAACGCCUUCGUCAAUGUUUAAGAACCUCUUUCUUGUAGACCAAGCAAUAUCUAUUUAUGGAAAAGAGGAGGGAGAAUAAUACUGGAUGGAAUCCAGUUCCACAGUUCGGAGGCUGGGACCAAAAAGGAUCAGACGAAACAAACUACUCUGUUGUGUUCUCAAAGGCUCGAGCUAACAGGAAGCUGAACAAAGGUGGUGUCAGACAUUCUAGUUUGGGAAGCGAACAAGAACUCAUGGCAAGUGCUCGUCGUCACCAUUACCACCAACAACAUCUUCACCAUCACCGCGAAACCCAAGACGAUGACCCUGUCAUGAAGAAGAAGAGGAUCUUGACCUACAUUAAUUGUUGUAUCAGGCCAAACUAGGGCCUUUGUUCCACAACUUUGCAAUCUUUCUCUCAUGAGUUUGUAGCAAAAA